AUGUUGUUGUUACUUAUUCUUUUGGGCUUCUUCUUGGGGGCUCAUGCGAGGACGACGACAAAGCCGACGGCCACGCAAUCUGGAGGUGUCAGCUGUACUGUCAGGCCGGUUGCUGGCGGAAGAGACUCUGCUGGUGUUAUCCGGAAUGCUUUCGAGAGUUGUGGAAGUGCCAAAGCCGGACAUCGCAACCGCAUCGUGUUUGAGAACACUACUUAUACCAUCGCCAGUGUCUUGGAUACCACUGGCUUGAAGGAUGUCGAUAUUGAAUUGCAUGGAACACUUUCUUGGGACAACUCUAACAUCAGUUAUUGGUUGGAAAACUCACUACCGAUGGGUUAUCAGAACCAGAGCACUGCUUGGCGAUUCGGCGGCGAUGGGAUCACAUUCCAAGGAUACGGUGCUGGUACCUUCAAUGGUAAUGGAGAUGCCUGGUACCGCUUCAUCAAUGGUAGAUCGAACUACCCUAGACGACCGCACCAGUUGACCAUUACUGGAACGACGAAUUCGACGUUCGAAGGCUUGAAUUUCUUGCAGAGCCAGAUGUGGACGAUGACCGUGAUCCACUCAUCAAACGUCCUGCUGCAGGACAUCUACGUCAACAAUACUUCGAAAACUGGUGUAAGUAACUUGGCACCGACUGUCAAUACUGAUGGAGCUGACACCAUCUAUGCCAACAACAUCACAUUCCGCCGAUGGAUCGUAGACAAUGGAGACGAUGCCAUCUCACCAAAAGCAAAUUCGACUAACAUUCUUAUUGAAGACAGUCAAUUUUAUAGAGGGUCUGGUAUCGCUCUGGGGAGUAUCGGCCAGUAUGAUGAUACGUUUGAGAUAAUUGACAAUGUGACGUGUCGUAACAUUACGUCCCACCGAACGAAAUAUGGUGCCUAUAUCAAGACAUGGACUGGAAUUAAUAAAGGUUACCCACCGAACGGAGGAGGUGGUGGCUAUGGCUAUGCCCAGAACCUUGUCUUUGAGGACUUCAAGUUGGUAGAUGUCCAGAAGGCGUUCACGAUCACACAGUGUACAAACUUCGAGGGCAACAAGGGCGAUUGCGAUACAUCAAAGUUCAAUAUCCGCAAUGUGUCCCUCAGCGACUUCUCAGGAACUAUUCGCACGGACAUUGUUACUACACUACAAUGCAGUGCGGCAUCUCCUUGUCGCAAUAUCGAGUUCUCGAACAUUGUCUUGGAGAACAGCUCGAAUCACACGACGCCAAGGCAAUAUCAAUGCGAUAGUGUCAAGCGAGCCGCAGGCUUCAACUGUACAGGUCCUCCAGAUGGAGAGGACAAUGCGUUCAAGAAAUGA